AUGGCGCUCCCCAGUGAAGUUGUAAACCAAGCUUUUUGCGUUGUAUCUGCACUCGAUGGAGGACACAUCACAGCGCCCGAAGAUUUGUUCAUAACUAAUCCAGUACCCGAUUAUUCUAAUCGUAUAACAUUGCCGUCACUAUGUUUCCUCAUACAACAUUCCACCAAUGGGCAUAAAUUCCUCUUCGACCUCGGGAUUCCACCUAAUCUGGACAGUUAUCCACCAGCGGUGCAAAAGAUGAUUGCAAACCCCUCCACCUCGGUUGACGCAACGCACCACUGCGUUGACUCCCUUGCCAAAGGUAACACUAGACCCGAGGACAUAGAUUACGUCUGCAUUUCACACAUCCACUGGGACCACACAGGGGACCCCAGCGCCUUCACCAAAGCCACUUUCAUCUCAAAUGAAGCAGUUCGACCCUUCCUCGCCGAAGGCUACCCUACCAAACCUGACGCGGCACAUUUCAGCGACCUCUAUCCUAUGGACCGGACACGAUUUUUGGAUUUUACAGAAUGUCCAACCAUCGGCCCCUUCCCUCGCGGUCAUGACUUUUACGGAGAUGGAAGUUUGUACAUCAUCGAUAGCCCGGGACAUCUUCCCGGACACAUAAAUGUAUUGGCGAGGACCUCUCCGGAUGGCGCAUGGAUUUAUCUUGCAGGCGACAGCACGCACCACUGGAAGAUCAUUACAGGCGAAUCUUCAAUCAAAGUCGGUGCUCCAUGGGACCCUACUUGGUGCCUUCAUAUAGACAAGAACCUGGCAGAAAAACACAUCGAUCAUAUACGCGAGUUGUUGAAGAUUUCACGCGUUCGAGUGUUGAUUGCACAUGAACUUGACUGGUACGCAGACAAUAAAGGUGGAUCGGUCUUUUGGCCUGGAAGUAUUCCGUCAUUAUAA